AUAUAGCUCAUUUAAGUAUCUUGUGAGUUUUUGUUUUGUAGUUUUAUUAAAAAUUUUUACGUUUGAGGGUAGCGUGUGGCGUCGUCAUGGCAGCUGUUUGUGCUUCUUUCUGUUGUGAUGUGCUGCUUUGAUCGGUGAUCGGCUGGUUUAAUGACUACUUUCGCCCGAUCCCACUGAAAACUAUACCCUCAGCGCUGCACAAGGCGGUCAUCAUGUUCAUUUACUUGAGCAAGAAGAUUGCCAUCCCCAACAACACAAGAAUUCAGUGUUUAGCGUGGAACAGAGAACAUGGUUACAUAGCUUGUGGAGGCGACAAUGGCCUGUUAAAGGUGCUGAAGUUAGAAACGGAAAAAGAUGGAAAAGUCAGGGGCCUCGCAGCUCCGAGCAACCUGUCUAUGAACCAGACACUAGAAGGACAUAGUGGAGUGGUGCAGGUUGUGGCUUGGAACUCACAGUUUCAGAAGCUAACGUCUAGUGAUCAGAAUGGGCUCAUCAUAGUAUGGAUGCUCUAUAAAGGAUCAUGGUAUGAAGAAAUGAUCAACAACAGAAACAAGUCACUUGUUCGGGGCAUGGCAUGGAAUGCUGAUGGUCAGAAGAUCUGCAUUGUCUAUGAUGAUGGUGCUGUGAUUGUUGGCUCAGUGGAUGGGAACCGUAUAUGGGGCAAGGAACUGAAGAAUUUGCAUCUGCAUUUAGUGGAAUGGUCUCCCGAUGGGAAGUUCUUGUUGUUUGGAAUGCAGAAUGGUGAAGUUCAUGUUUACGAACAAGGCGGCAAUCCUGUGUCUAAGAUUCCGCUGCCACUUUUGCACGGUUCUGGUGGGACAAAGCUGAUCGGGGUGCACUGGUACAGCAGGUGUAUGCCUGAGCCCGGCUGUCCUGUCCUGGCCAUAGGCUACGAUAAUGGGAAAGUUCAACUGAUGAGCAACGAAAGUGACGACUCUCCGCUUGUCUUGGACACAGACAUGGUCGCCACGUGCCUUCAGUGGAACCACGAUGGGAGUAUGUUGGCUGUUACAGGGAAAAGCUAUGGCUCUGAGAGUGAGAAAAGAAACAUGGUCAAGUUCUUCAACCCUUAUGGCCAGUACCUUCACACAUUGAAAGUUCCCGGCAAGGAGAUAACCGCCUGUGCUUGGGAAGGAAUGGGACUUCGCAUCGCCUUGGCCGUGGAUUCGUUUAUAUUCUUUGCCAACAUACGCCCUGACUACAAGUGGUGCUUUUUGGCAAACACUGUGGCCUAUGCAUUCAACAAGGCAGACCGCAUUGAAAGCACAGUGAUCUUCUGGAACACCAACACGAAUGAGAAAUAUGUAAAGUACAUAAAGCACCUGCAGAAGAUGUGUGCCAUGGGCGAAUUCUGUACAAUUGCCACUCGGGAAGAUGGAAACAGUCCAAAGUAUGCUCUGAUCGUGUGCAACUCCAUAGGCACACCAGUGGACAGCAUAACAACAGAAGUGGAGCCCCUACACCUGUCCAUGACGGAAUCGCACGUGUUCGCCGCAUCCAGGGACCAGAUCUUUGUGUGGCGCUUUCAGACACCUAGAGGGCGCACCGUGCUUGAGCUCUCUGGACAGCGCAGCAAGCCUGUACUCGAGAGGGUCAUACAUAUCAAUGAGGCUCCCACGGAAGGAGAGAAUUCAGAUGACGUAGAUAAAAUUUAUGAAGUAAGUUCACAACAUGUAUUUCUAGCAACAAAUGAUGACUAUAUCAUUUUAAUCAUGCAAAACUUUGGCACUGAUUUUUUUAUUUUGCAGGCAAAGAAAAAGCAUCAGUUUCAGGUCAAUACAGACCCGAUAUGCUGCCUUGCUGCGUCGGAGAAAAUGUUCAUUGUGGGGCGAGAAUCAGGAACAUUUCAGCGCUACUCCAUGCCACAGCUGAUGCUCGUUCAGAAAUAUGCCAUCUCCUGUCGACCCAACAAAAUUGCGCUAAACUGCACGUCUAGUCGAAUGUCAGUGAUAGACAUUACGGGCUGCUUACUCCUCUAUGACCUCGAGGCCAGGUCUUCGGAAGGAGAACAGCUGACCUUUGAACGCCGAGACGUUUGGGACGUCAAGUGGGCAAAGGACAACUCUGAGCUGUUUGUGUUGAUGGAGAAGACUCGCAUGUAUGUCUUCCGCAACUUGGAUCCAGAGGAACCGGUCAUGUCGAGUGGAUACAUUUGCAGUUUUUCAAAUUUGGAGAUCAGAACUGUCCUGUUGGAUGAAAUCAUGCAAGAUCCAGAGAACCCACGCCAGGAAUUUGUGUGCAACAUGGAAGCAAAGUCUUUGAGAGAUUCUAGAGACCUCUUAGCCAAGGUGGGCAUAGAGGAGGCGACGCAGUUUAUUGAAGACAAUUCCCACCCAAGACUGUGGCAACUUCUGGCUGAAGCGGCCCUGCAGAGAAUGGACUUUCAAACGGCAGAAACGGCUUUUGUGCGUUGCCGAGACUACCAGGGAAUCCAGUUUGUCAAGCACAUAGCCACUUUGCCCAAUGAAGAUAUUCGCAAAGCAGAGGUCAAGGCAUAUUUCAAGCAGUUUGAUGAUGCGGAGAAAAUCUACCUGGAAAUCGACAGAAGGGAUCUGGCCGUGUCCUUACGCAAGAUGCUCGGAGACUGGUUCCGCGUUGUCCAGCUCCUGAAAAGCGGCAACAGCGGCACAGACGACAGGCAGCUCGAGGAAGCCUGGAAUGCAAUAGGGGACUACUACGCAGAUAGGCACAAGUGGGACAAUGCAAUCACGUACUACAAGCAAGGGCACAACCAUGGUCGCUUGGCUCAAGCUUAUUUUGCCAUGGAAGAUUACAAUGGUCUGGAGAACCUCAUGAAAAGCCUGCCAGAGGGGCAGCCUCUGCUGAAUGACAUCGGCUCUAUGUUUGGAUCUGUUGGCAUGUGUAACCAGGCUGUUGAGGCAUAUAAGAAGUGCAAUGAAGUGAAAGCAGCUAUCGACACAUGCGUGUCCCUCAAUGAGUGGAACACAGCAAUUGAGCUCGCCAAGGAGUUCAACGUACGGGAAAUCGACACACUCUUGGCUCAGUAUGCACGGCGCCUUCUGGACGAAGGGAAGAUUCUCAGUGCUGUUGAGCUGUACCGAAAAGCAAAUCGUUUUCGGGAUGCUGCCCAACUGAUGUUCAAGGUUGCAGCUGAAGAAUCAAAAAAGAACCAUGCUCCAUCUCUUAUGAAGAAGAUAUAUGUGCUUGGAGCCACCUUGGUUGAAGAGCAUCGCAUGUUAUCGCGCAAGACAUCUAGGACCACAGGAAGCACGAAAGGCACAAAAGAGGCUAGCCUGGCACUGAAUGCGCUGAUGUCCGAUGACGCUAGGGGGGCAGUCACGUUCCAGCCGCUGGACCAACCAUGGAGAGGUGCAGAGGCAUUUCACUUUUACCUGCUCGCUCAGCGACAGCUCCACGAAGGUUUUGUUGAUGCUGCAAUGAGAACGGCUCUCAAUUUGAGGGAGUACGAAGACAUCCUGGAUGGUUCUGAAAUAUAUGCACUUUUAGCACUCACAAGCUGCGCAAAUCGUUCUUUUGGAACCUGCUCCAAGGCCUUUGCAAAGUUGGAGUCCCUGACUACGUUAACUGCCGAUGAAAGGCAAGCGUUCCAACAGCUGGCAGUGGAUAUAUUUACCAAGCACUCAAGAAAUGACUCGAGGAAUGUGAAGAAUGAAUGCCCAAACUGUGAAUCAACUGUUUCAGAAUGGACAACCACCUGUUCGAGCUGUGGGAGCAAGCUCCCCGUCUGCAUUGCCACCAGCCGAGUGCUGAAGGACCCGAGCCAGCAGUGGACCUGUCCCCUGUGCCGACACAGUGCUUACAAGCAGGACGUCUUGCACCGGCACAGCUGUCCCCUGUGCCAUGCUCCCAAGACGAGUGUCGCUUAGCACACUUGACCUAGCCACCAAUCACAAAUGUUUUGAGAGCAUGUUAUCUGAGAAAUAACAGAGCUCUUUAGCAGCCGGUGAAUCCCACCUUGAAUAUCGAAACUUGCAGUCCGUGCGUUCCUCGUACGACCACCACACUACUGAUGCGAAUUUCAGGCUGAGUGGGGAAGUAACUUGGAAGUGUAACUUUUCCCAUAAAUUGCGUACUCUGCAAACCUUUGUAGUCUGGUGUGACUUUUGCUGGCUAACCAAGUUUGUCAGUUGCUUCCUUCACUGGAAUUGGUCAUGUUUGUAGCUUGAAGGCUGUGCCUUAGAAUGCCACAUACCACAUUAAAGGGGCCCUACAACACCUUUUGAGCAUGCUAAAAUAAACAUGCCUUGUCGCUUUAUAUGCAGUCCUCUCAUGAACACCUGAGCUAAACAUGAUUCCAAGUAUGCGGUAUUACACCUGGACCUAGAAUUUUGCCCGAAAUACUGCUUACAUACUCCUUCAAGUUUUUAAAAUCCCUGCCACUUUUCACUGUUUGUUGCACUGCUGUGACCAACACAACAGUUGUAGGCCAGAUUUCUUUAAACUUCACAAUUAGAGAGUGCUUACCAAAGGAUCAAUGAUGGAGAAAUGUCACAAGUGAUAAUACGGUUGUGGCAUGUGGUAGCAGAGAACAUUGACACUGCCAAUAUAACGGCCUCUGAGGUCAGACAACGCAACAGACCAAUCUCAGAGGACAUGUUGAUACCAAAUGCCAGCUUGAUAAUUGGCAAAGCAACAUGAGCAUCCUCCUCCAUUGGCACGGCAGCAGAGUUCUGGCUAUAAGUAAACAGUGAAAUAAAUAGAAAUACUGAAGGAAUGACAGAGGCAGCAUCUGACUGCCCAUAACUAUGCCCAUGCAGGAUGCAUUUAUAAACUUUUUGGUUAGAGAUGAUUUGUGAUGUCACAUCCUUUAAUACCAGACCCAUUCGGCACCGUUCUUAAAGGCUAUUGAGAGGCCCCUUUAAAUGUGAAGCAAAGAUUUAAGUGAAGCAAACCUUAUUAUAACAAGCAUGCUACUGUCUUUUGAUGGCCAUAUUUCAGAAUGAAGAAAGUUAUUGUAUUUAAAGAGAGUCCAGUUGUAAAUGCAAACUCCCACUUUUAGGGUGUGAGGUAUAGAGGAAAGGGUUUGCUUACUUUCAUAUUAAAAUAGUGCCCUGUGCAAAUUGUCACUUUCAAAGAAACUUUAAAGGGUAGUUGUAUGUGAUCUCCAGUUAUAAACAGAUUAAUAGCACUAUGUGUCUGGUUUGUUCACCCGAGUGUUAAGCUCUGUGCUUGCCUAUUUGUGUGCGUGUUUGAACACUUGUGGUUUUGCUGAAACCUGCUUUUUUGUUUUGUUUUUGUGCCUGUAACAUGUGUAGAGUUCUUUUGUUGUUGGUUUCGGGUCAUUUUUCGCACUGUUGCGAUAGGUAUUUGCAUGGCAUUUAGCCACACUUUAGUGCUUCGCAUAUUUGAUAUCAAAUAUCAGAUAUGAUAACUUGUGGUCUGUAAUAUAGUAUUAGUGCCUUUAAAAGUGAACUGUAGUUACUUGUAACAGUGUGCUGCCUUUCUUCCAAAGUUGUACAAUCUUUGUUGAGCCCAGUGCCUUGGUGAGCGCUCAUGUUUUUCUCGUUGCUUUUUUUUUUCUUCUUCUUACUAGAGCUGUAUAGAAUGUCAUAGGAGCGAAACCAUGUUUGGCCCAUGUUUUUCUGAGCACUUACCUUUUUACGUUUUCUUCUGCAACCAUACGAUCUUCUGAGAAGAGAUGUCUUUUUUCUUUUUGCCAUAGUCUGAAGUAAGUCUGGAGCAACAGCCAGUGCCAUUUGCUCAGAAUCAAACUGCAAUCAAGUACUGCGAUUCGGUUCUGCACUUGUAUUUGCUUGUUCCAUGUAUCCUCUGAUUUGUGGGUUCCAAUUAUACUGUCAAACCCGCUUAUAACAAACUUGAUAGUUCCCCGAUAAGUGGUCCUUGUAUCAGUAGUUUGUUAUACGUGAACUCGCCCUGCAACACGUGCGAAAAUCAACGACGCUGAAGCUGGCUUGAACAGUUAUGAUUCAACACUACUUUUGUCUUGGGUUUUCAUUAUCUUCAUUUCUGUUCCUGGCUUCAUCUAGCAUCUAUCUGAAGUUCUCAUUGAGAACUUAUCUAAAGAAAGAAAUGGGGUGUCAUAGCGUUUUCAAAACAGUGCCCAGCUGGUUCCGAUCGCCUGGCAUUUCAAAAGUAUGAGCACAGUCGCUGCGAUUAUUUGUUCGAGAGCUUGUGAUAUAUUUUACUAUCAGCUUGGCAUGAGUGAGCUUUGUGUACGAUAACAAAAUGUUUCAGUCAGCUGGAAGCGCACACUACUGCAGCAUGCUGGCAUUUUGCAACGGUCUUGCCACUAUGGCUGCAGCAUCAGCCACAUGUGUGCUGAGGGCUGUGAAGCUGCAUUAUCUAUGUUGCUUUGGCCAAAAAAGUAUGCUGUUCUGAAUGCAGAAUGCCGUCACGAACCUUGGUCUCUUGAUAACGAUGUAGUAACUUCUGACUCUUGGCAACUUUGCAUGGCAGUGAUACAUCGUGCCGAAUUCACGCCGGCUGGGUGUAAAUGCGAUGACAAUCGUGCGCGAGGCGCUCGCUCCUUUCACUGGUUGUAUCUUCGUCACAGUUGGCCUUGAGCAGAGGGUGCACUGCCAAGGACCCAGUUCGGAUGUACUUCCAUACUUCGAAACGUUGCGUGAGCCCUCAUUUUACCAUGAAUGGGUUUGAAGUGCCGUUGUAACAAUAUGCCGCUUUUGAAAAUGUUUGUUAUAUCUGGUUGCAGUUUCUGCAGGCAGGGUUGUAAGAUCGUAAGUGCAGUGAAAUGUGCUUGUUAUAACCAGUAAUUAGUUAUACCUGGGGUUGCUACGAGUGGGUUCGGCUGUAGUGGUGUUGUGCUGGCUGGCAUGUUGAAUUGCAGCACAUAAAUUCUUUGAGACUUCCGAGUCUUAAGCACACACUAUUGUGUAAGAAUGUUUAAAUGCUCUUACUUGGCAACAUCUACACUACUUAGAGUUAAUUGGUUCUUCCUUGCUAUAAGGCACCCUGGUUCAUAUAAUAUCGCUGCUUUGUGUGCACAGCCGAAGCUGAUCUCAGUGACACUAACAAAGACAUACCAAUGACCAUCAACAUCACAAGGAAUUUGCCUGUCAGAACAUUGCACUAAAAAGUAGUGAUAACUUGUACUUCACUCUCUCCAGUAGCUGCAGCCUUUUUUAAAUUUGUCUCGAGUGGAGUACUCGCUUGAGAAGUAAUGAGAUAUCAAUACUUAUCAUUCAUUGUAAAACUCUUAAUUGUUGUGGUCUCAAAAGUUUGUGCUGUGUAAUCUAUGUUGCAACAGUGCAAAGGUUAAUGAUACGCUUCAAGUAUUUUUAGCUACAACUUGUUCAGCCAUUCUGCUUUUAUAAAUGACUCUGCAAUCAUAUUUACAACAGCAGCAUGUACUAGACAUUAACUUUCUUGUCCAACCGCAAAUAUUAAGGAUUGCUCACUUUAUUUGGUAGCUGUUGCCAUGCGAAGGGACAGGCUAAUGGGUGUACAGUGUUCUGAGUAUUUUGUACCUGCUUUGCAAUAAUAUUCAUGCUUUAAAAUUUGUUUCAUUUUCCCAUAUGCAAACAUUUUUGUCGUUUGAAUGUUGUCAUCUUUCUUCCUGCUUGAGGAGUGUAUAUGAAGCUGCGAAAUGUUAGCUGAUGACUUACACCACCCAGAAAGGUAGUUGCACGAUCUUGUGGGGUAACAGAUACCCUUUUAUGACAUUGCUAAGUGUCAAUCGAUCUCUCGCACCCCAAGAAGGCAUCAGUUACAUUAUUUUGUGGUCUGAUGCCCUUUUAUGAUGCUAAUAGGCGUUAAGCAAUCAUCUAGACCCCCCCAAAAAUUUUACACCAUUGCAUGAUGUUACCAAUGCCCUUCCUGAAUGUGCAAGCCAAAGAAUGCACCUUAUGUUAGAAACUCUAUGGGAUACCCUUUUUAUGUUCUGUACUAUGCUGAAAAGUCAGAAUUUAGCUAGAGUUCAGCUUUUGUCUUCAGCUGCAUUGUACAGUUAGGCAUCACCUUCAUUGCCGAAUCGUAUAGGCUGAUUUUUGCUUUCUCCAGGCCUUCAGCAUAGAUCUCCUACGAUGCACACUAUUUGUUUGCAUGCUGAAAGCUGGUCUGAGGCUUCAGCCUAGUUUGCCUCCUAGUUCUUGCUGGUUACCAACUUCAAGUGAGUGUGUGUGUUUCUUUUGGUUUACCCCAAAUGCUGUCAUGUGAGCAUUAUGUCAGAUGUUGGCAUUGUUGGAAUUGCACUAAAAAUGAUUAAAUAUUUGCCCUGUA